CCCGACUAAACACAACGAGUAGCAGUUCCAGUUCUGUUUCCCUUCGUCGACGAACAAGCAUUUCACAGUCGUCGACGCCGUCUACUGUUGUCGGCCCUGCAUGGUUGGUCUGGGUCCGUGCAUUGGACUGGCCUUCAUCUACUACUUUGCUAUAGUUUGCAUAUAGACUGUUGAUGCAGCUAUGUCUGCAACCAAGGCUCGAGUUAGUAGCUUUUCUCGCAAUGUUCCUAACAUAACGUCUUCUCAGAAUCCUGGACUUAAGCAUGGUCCUAAUGGAACAACGUUUUUAUCAUCUGGCAUUCCAGAUUUAGACAAGAUUUUAGGUGGCGGCUUUUCUCUGGGUAGCCUUGUCAUGGUGAUGGAAGAUGCUGAAGCACCUCAUCAUAUGCUUCUAUUGAGAAAUUUUAUGUCUCAGGGACUUGUCCACAAGCAACCACUCUUUUAUGCUAGCCCAUCUAGAGAUCCUAGAGGAUUUUUGGGUACUUUGCCUAAUCCACGGUCACUUGAAGAUGACAAAUCUCGUGAACAUGAUCCUAAUCAUGAUAAAGAUUUGAGAAUUGCUUGGCAAUACAAGAAGUAUUUUUGUGAGCCACAGCUAAACACUGGCUCUGGCAAUGGUGCCAGGCAUGAUUACUGUAAUGACUUUGAUUUGCGGAAGCCUCUGGAAAGGCAAUUUUUCAACAGUGCCCUUGUAGAUUGUUUCAGUACCAAAGAUUUGAUGAAUCUUACUCUCCUUCAAGACCAAUGUGCAACAUUCUUAGCACAAUUCUCAAGUGACAUAAUCAGACAUGAAAGCAGCAUUUGUCCAGCUGGUCGGAUUGCCAUUCAAUCAUUCUGUUCUCCACAAUGUAAAUAUUCAAACAUGGAGUGGCAGAUGCUUUCCUUUAUUAGGUCUCUGAAAGGCUUGACCAGGUCUUCAAAUGCUGUUGUUGUUGUAACUUUUCCACCUUCACUUCUUUCUCCAUCUUGCUCAAAAAGAUUGCAACAUAUGGCAGACACUUUGUUAUCUGUUAGGGCAAUUCCAGAUGAGGACAAGGAAAUGGCAAAACUCCUUACUGGUUACCAGGACAUGGUUGGGCUCUUAAAUAUACACAAAGUGGCGCGCAUUAAUACACAGGUUCCUCUGAUUCUUGAAGCCACCACAUUCUCAAUAAAGUUGCAAAAACGAAGGUUUUUGGUUUUAGAAUGUCUAAAUCAAGCUCCUGUUGAUGGCUCAUCUGGGAAUUCGUAUGGCACGUCUAGUGGUUGUUCUGGGUCAACUAAAGCUGGGCGACUUGAUUUUUAGAUGGCACUUGUUUUAUUUGCAUUCAUGUCUACGACAGCUUAUUUCCAAGUUGGUGUAAAGCACCAGUAUCUAAAGGAUUGUUUGGUUUUGUUUUUUAUUUUUAGAGCCGAAGUAUAAAUCUGAAGUUUUCAGGAUAGCACAAUUGAUAUCCUUCCGUUUUAAAAGCCGUGAUGUUGCUCUCAUGCUUUUUAAAAUCAAACAAUUUUUCUCGUACUAA